AGGAUGAGAUGCUUCGCGCUGGUCGUCUCGACCGCAAGUACAACGGUAUCGCCGACUGCUUCCGUCGUACCGCUGCCUCCGAGGGUGUUGUCUCUCUCUGGAGAGGUAACACUGCCAACGUCAUCCGUUACUUCCCUACCCAGGCUCUGAACUUCGCCUUCCGUGACACCUACAAGUCGAUGUUCGCCUACAAGAAGGAGCGUGAUGGCUACGCCAAGUGGAUGGCUGGUAACCUUGCCUCCGGUGGUGCUGCUGGUGCCACUUCUCUUCUCUUCGUCUACUCUCUUGAUUACGCCCGUACCCGUCUUGCUAACGACGCCAAGUCCGCCAAGGGUGGUGGUGAACGUCAGUUCAACGGUCUCGUUGACGUCUACAAGAAGACCCUCGCUUCCGAUGGUAUUGCCGGUCUCUACCGUGGUUUCGGUCCCUCUGUUCUUGGUAUCGUCGUCUACCGUGGUCUGUACUUCGGUAUGUACGACUCUAUCAAGCCUGUUGUCCUGGUUGGUCCUCUUGAGGGCUCUUUCCUCGCUUCCUUCCUCCUCGGCUGGACUGUCACCACUGGUGCUGGUAUCGCUUCUUACCCUCUUGACACCGUCCGUCGUCGUAUGAUGAUGACCUCCGGUGAGGCCGUCAAGUACAACUCCUCCUUCGACGCUUUCCGCCAGAUUGUUGCCCGUGAGGGUACCAAGUCCCUCUUCAAGGGUGCUGGUGCUAACAUCCUCCGUGGUGUCGCUGGUGCUGGUGUCCUGUCCAUCUACGACCAGGUCCAGCUCAUCCUCUUCGGCAAGAAGUUCAAAUAGAUGUCUCGCCCACAGUGACAUCUGUUCAGUUGGUGUAAGUCUUUUGGGGAAGGGGUUGGCCGCUGCCUGGAGUAAAAGCCAGGUAGCGGACGAUGGUGAAGGGGAUCUAUUAGAGAUAUGCUUCAAGAGUGGUAUGGUCUUGAGCAUACAAAGUGUGACAUUUUCUCUUGUACCAGUUGUACUUUACUGCCUGCAAGCUUUUUCCUUUUCGCCAAC